AGACACGCACCAGUUUUCUUUAUCUCUUUCUUUCGUGAAAAUAGAUGUGUGCAGACGCUAGCAGAUAAACCUAAACACCAACAUUGCAAAUUCCCUCAACGCUGGAGUCACUAAGUAGGACUCGUUGGAAAUUGUUUCUGGGACUCAGUUGACCAACCAUGAUUCAAAAUGGUUGCAUUGUAUCCCAAGGGUGUGCCCCUGUGAAUUCUAGGUCGUGCAACCGUGUCAUACCCAAUACCUCUGUCUUUCGUUGCGCUUCUCGAAUGCCUGCUAAUGUGGCUGUCUCAAACAUUCGGAGUUUUUGGGGACAUAAUCUAGAAUGUAAAUCCUGGUUGCCAAGAGGAAUGACAUUCUCAAACAUGUUUGCUGCAUCAAGCCUACGUUUAAGUGGGGAUCUAAAUAUUCUCUUUCGCACACUCCCUGUGUUACCCCGGUUGCGCAAGUCUAAUAUGGCUCCUCGAGCAUCGAAGGAUGUCCCAACUAGCUUCCGUUAUCCUCCAAUGACCAAGAAACCGCAAUGGUGGUGGAGAUCAUUAGCAUGCCUCCCUUACCUCAUGCCUCUCCACGAGACAUGGAUGUAUGCUGAGACAGCAUACAAUCUUCACCCGUUUUUGGAAUUCUUCGAAUUCUAUACAUACCCUUUUCUCAUGGCAAUUGGGAGCCUACCUAGCUGGUUUCUCAUGGCAUACUUCUUUGUUGCAUAUCUCGGAAUUGUGAGGCGAAAAGAAUGGCCCCAUUUCUUCAGGUUCCAUGUUGUGAUGGGAAUGUUACUGGAGAUUGCCCUGCAGGUUAUAGGGACUGUGAGCCGUUGGAUGCCUCUAUCACUCUACUGGGGUAAAAUGGGAAUGCAUUUCUGGACUGCAGUAUCAUUUGGUUAUCUUUUUACUGUCUUGGAGUGCAUAAGGUGUGCUCUUGUUGGUAUGUAUGCUGACAUUCCUUUCAUCUGUGACGCAGCAUAUAUCCAAAUACCAUAUGAUUAACAAGAUCUAAGGAGGUUUACCCGUACAUUAUAUCACUUUGCGUUGUAUCAGAGUGUUUCUUGAGCAGAAUUGAAGGAUGUAGUCUGUUAGUGUUUGUUUAUGUCAGAAAAGUAUCUACUUGAGAUUUCCCUUUGCGUAGGUUUUAUUUAAAUGGAUUGACUUUAUCUGCUGUCUCAAGGUUCAGUCUCCCUCUGUUUCUUCCCCCUGUGACAUUUCCUUCUUUCGAUUUCUAAUACAAAUGCACAUUACCUUUUCCACA